UUUUAUGGGAUGCGUGUGUUUACUCAUUUUAAUAAUGCAAGCAAUAAAGGAGGAGAACGAAAAUGGGACUUCGGAACACCAGUGCGUAAUGGGGUUAUCUGAUGCCGAGUUUUUCUGGGGCCACUACCUAACGGCUCUGUUCACGUUCCUGAUCCCGUCUUGCGUCGCUAUCGCGGUAAUGUACUUCGCUGGAAGUAAGGAGCACCCAUAUGGCCCGGGAAUGAACCUGAGCCUGGUUAUCGUGUCAUUCGUCAUGUUUGCCAUUCAAGGUUCCCUGCUCACCAUAUUCAUCAUGUGGGUGUUCCCAACGGGGUAUAUGUGUUUGGGCCUUACAAUCGUUUUAAACUUAUGUACGCCUGUCCUCCUGCCAGCAUCGAGAGCAACGUCGUUGCCCGGCUACUUCCUAUUGGCAAAGAAGGCUAAGCUCAUGACAGCUGUUCUUCCCCACACAUCUCUUUACGGUGUAUUGAAGAUUCUCUGCAUCGCCAGAGACUACGAAGGAGGUGCAUCAUGGUCACUCCUCACCAGGGGAGUGCUUGACAGAGACAACGUCACAAUUGGUGAACUUUGGGGAGUGACACUUAUCUGCAUUGUUGUCAUGGCAUUUUUGACAUGGUAUCUCUCAAGCGUUCUUCCCUGGAGCUCCAAUACACCGAAAAGCCCAGUAUUCUGCCUUCUGGUAUGGAUCACUGCGUACUUUUAUAGAUGACGCCAAAAAAAGGAAAUAUCGACGUCAGUUGCUUUAAAUAACUAGGCGCGUCUUUGAAAUCGUAGCAAUAACUUUUA